CACUGACUAUUAAAUGUCAAAUAAUUAAUAAUUUAUAAACUAGUGGGAAUACCGUAAAUUUAGUAUUAAAUAUAAUAAUAUAAGAAUUACAUAUGCAAAGAUGACUACAAGAAAACGCAGUGGAUCUGGUUCAAAACGACAAUUAAAAGAAAAAGUUGUACAAAUAUACGAAUCAUUUUUGAAAGGGGACGACUUAGAAAAAACAAAUCCAACAUUUUGGGAUGAAUUAUUUUUAUUGAAACCAAAAGUAGUUAACUUAGAAAAUGAAAUACAAAAGUUAAAUAGUGAUCAAUUAGUUGCGUUAAAGGAGAAUAUUAAUUCAUUAUUUUGGCAUUGUAUUGAAACGUUAGGACAUGAACAUCAUAUCAGAGUUGUGUACGCGUUGCAAACGCUGUGCGCGCUUGUCAAUUCUAUUUACAAAAAGACUGCUAUGGAGAAUGGUUUCGAUGUUAUCAAUAUUUUGAUGGGAUUCGAUGUGGCUGAAGAACGCAUGCAAUUGUUGUUAACGCAUAUUAAUGUGUUUCUCACAGGUGAAUUUCCCAAUAGUUUAAAACAACUAUGUUUAAAACUAUUGUUAGUGUUCGUAACCGGGACAGAGAAUGUGAGCAGUAACACAGUGUUGGAGUAUGUGAUGGCCACUCAAACAUUUGAAUCACUUAUGCAAUUAUUACGAUCAGCUUCAUCACGUCAAAUGCACGGCUACGAUGUAUUACUUCUUCUUACGCUAUUAGUCAACUAUCGUAAACAUGAAGUUGCUAACCCGUACAUCGUAAAACUUUCAAUAGUUGAUGAUGAACUAGCAUUAAAUGGUUACGGUCAAGUGAUAACAGCAUCACUGCAAGAAUUCUGUCGUGAGUUUGUAUCACAACAAUAUGAAUCACAAUCGGCAUCAUGGCUGUCAUCAUUAACGAAUAUUGUUGGUAAUAUAUUUUUAUCUGAAGAAGGUGGAAUACGAACACAACAGAUUCGUGCGAAUAAUGCAUUACUGUUGGCGCUGUAUGAAGCGAUACAUUUAAAUCGUAAUUUUAUAACAACUUUAGCUGCCACACAAACAGAUGCUGGCAGUAGUGCAGGCAGUGCACCACCAUCACCAGGGAAUACAUUAACUGUUGGUAGUACAGCACCAGAUCCAACACGACUUCCUAUUGAUAUAAUGGCACAGCCUUCCAAUUUAUUAGUUACUUUUCUUCAAUAUUGCUCAAUCGUAAUGCAAGAUACCAAAACUGAAGCAAGCACAAACACUGUAAAGUUAUGUUUUGUAAUACUUGGAUGCAUCAGUGAGGACCAAUAUGCGAACACAAUUAUGCAUGAUGUUACAUUAUGUUUUAAAGUUAUUAUUCAUCGAUUACCGAUGCGGCAUAGAAAAAUACCACCACCAGAUCGAGCAGCUCCGUCACAACCAUUGGCUGCAACUUUAUUAGAUCUUUUAGUUGAAUUUAUAAUGAGUCAUAUGAUGAAAAAAUUACCUUUGGAACUAUAUUUAUUAUGCAUGAGCGUUAUACACAGAAUACUAUGUUAUCAAAAACGUUGUCGAGUACGUUUAAAUUAUCAAUGGAAAGAAAUGUGGACGGCACUUAUAUCAUUAUUACGAUUUGUUACACAGAAUGAGAAUAAUUUAUCAAAACGAAUGGAUAUAUUUGUUUUAUGUUUGCAAGUCAUUAAUAUUUUUAAUUUAUUUAUCACCUACGGCGAUACAUUUUUACCAACGCCUGGAAGUUAUGAUGAAUUAUAUUAUGAGAUUAUACGAAUGAAUUCUGUAUUUGAAAAUUUAAAUAUCAUGGCAAUUCGUUAUUCAACUGGUGAAAGUGAAUUACGUGAGAAUGCAGCCCGUUUAAAUACAGCAUUAACAAAUGUGAAAGCCAUCAUCAAACACUUCGCACCAAAAAUUGAACAGUGGCUAAAUUCACAAGCAUUAUCUACACCAUCUGAAGAUCAAAUAUUAGAAGUUGUACGUAAAAAUUAUGAUAGUCUAACGCUCAAACUACAAGAUUCAUUGGAUCAGUAUGAACGAUAUUCAGAGAAACCAAAACAUGCUGCCUUCUUUACAAACAUGGUUCGUAGCGUUGUGCAAGAUACAAAACAAACUUUAGAUUUUGCUUCAAUGGAUUUACAAGUGAUUCUACAAGAUUUCUCCUCAAUAUCGUAGCAUAUGGCUGCUAGUGCUGCUGUAUUUUCUAUCUGCUGUAUUCAAGAAUGGGUCGUUAUUGAUAAUAUUAUAUAUUUUAUAUAAGACAUUGAUAUUUUAUAAGUUAACAGCGAUGGUAGAAUUAUAUCUGGAAUCGAAUAAGUAUAAUCCCUAUUUUUUACAUUUUCUUUUGUAAAUGAUAAAUUUACGAUCUCCCCGAAUAAAGUAUUCAUAUUCAAUUGUUA